AGGCUAAUGUUUCAGCUAAUUAUGUGUUUAAUUAUUGUUUUCAACCUCUACCUCUAUAUAUUUUGAUUACCGACUACAUUUAAGGCACAUAAAACCAUUAUAUAAGUGGCUGCAUGUGAUUAUUGGUGUCUGUAUAUUUGCCGUUCGGCUGUGAUGUUUAUCAUGAUGUCAGCAUAUUUCUUACAGUAGAUAUAUUAACGUUACAGACAAUGAGUGCUUCUUCCACAGUUGAGCACCAGGGUUGGAGCUUCAGCCUCAAUAGGAAAUGAAAUCCAUGAGGUUUCAUUGGCUCUGCCUCAUCCUCCUCUCGGUGUGUCUGCUGCUAUGGUAUCAUCAUGUGAUGAGGACUGGGUUUGCCAUGAAGACAGGUCUGCGUGGUUACGUGAGGAUUCAUCCCAACACUCGCUCACCUUCAUAUUUGCUGGACUUCCACUGCGGCCGCUGUGCCGUGGUGUCCAGUUCUGGGCAGAUGCUAGGCGGUGGACGGGGUCAAGAGGUCGACCAGCAGGACUGUGUGAUCCGGAUGAACGCAGCGCCCACCGUGGGCUACGAGGCUGAUGUGGGGAACAGGACCAGUCUGCGUGUCGUCUCCCACACCAGCGUGCCACACCUGCUACGCCAGCAGGGAUAUUUCUUUGGGCGAGAGGCGGACACUAGAUACGUCGUUUGGGGCCCUGAGAAGAACAUGAGGCAGGAUGGAAAGGGAAAAGUCUUCAAUGCAUUAGUGAGGCUGGCCAAGAAGCAUCCACACACACACAUCUACACCGUCACCAAAGAAAAGGUUCAGGACUGUGACGCCGUGUUUCAAAACGAAACGGGCAAAAACAGGAUGAAAUCGGGGGCCUUUCUCAGUACAGGGUUUUUUACCAUGAUUUUGGCUCUCGAGGUGUGUGACAGUGUUCUGGUUUAUGGAAUGAUUGACGGCUCUUACUGCAGUCUCGCCAACCACUCGUUCGUGCCAUACCACUACUACGAGCCGUCCCGUGUGGGCGAGUGCCGCAUGUACCGCUCUCAUGAACACGCCAAGAGGGGCGGCCAUCGCUUCAUCACGGAGAAACUCAUUUACAGACGCUGGGCGUCUCAGGGGAAACUGCGCUUCGUUUACCCACCCUGGUCACCAUAGUAACAUCAACAACAAUCUGUGGUUUGGUGUCAACCGAAAGAUGUAGGUCAGUCUUCAGCAAUCGUUUCUCCUCGCGAUGCAAGUUUGUGCUCGUUUCAGAAACCACUGUGGUGCCUUUAGUUUAGUGUGUAAAUCAGUUUGGCUUUUAAAUGCUCUGGCUUUGUUUUAUAUGGUACAGUUUUAUUUCUUUAGUUUCAAGCUUAAUAAUGAGCCUUUUGCAUUUCAAUAUCAUAUUGAGAGUGUCUUUUUUUUUAUUUUUUUUUAUUUUAUGUUAGUCUGAUCUCUGGUAAACUGAACUGGAUCAGGAUCUGAAUUCAGGAUUAGAGAUGAUGGCAGUCAAAUGACAUUUACUUCACAUAUUUUUCUCUUCUAUCAAACAAAAAUAAUUGAAAUCUCUUUCUUUCCAGUGAAAACAAGAGAUCUGUACUAUUUAUCAUAUUUGCAGAAUCAUGUCUGAAUCCAUGCAUUGUUCUGCUGUAAACUAAAGCUCAAUUAGCAGUAGUAAGAGAUUACUAAAUCCAGUCAUUUAUAAAUGUAAGAGUCUUGCACAACACUGGCACCAAUGUUGUUAUUAUCAACACUGUGAUUUACUCAUAUUUCUUAGCAAAACAAUGUUUUUAAGAACACAUUUUCAAUCACAUCAACAAAAGGUUCAUUUUGUGUCAAAUCAACCAAGUAGAGCACGGUCAAAAUGAGAUUUGGAGCCAAAUUACAAGGGGGUAAAAUGAUUUUAGAAGGACGGCAGCGUCAUUAUUUUAGAUUUACACAGAGAUUGGCAGGUCUAUUAGUAAAAUCUGUUGACUUUAGCAAUCUUUGUUCCAUUAUAUGCCAACGGUGACUGUUCAAAAAUCGGUUAAAAGCCAGUUUUCACAUUUUUUCCCUAAGUUUGCAUACUUUGCAACUGGUAUCUUUAAUUUUGAAAUCUUUAUAUGGUUUAAUUCCUAUAAAAUAUUAAGAUUUUGGGAUCUCAAUAUGGCUCCAAGAAUAAGUUUAAAUUGAAAAGAAUUUUGAGGUAUCUUUAAUACUUUUUGAGUUCCCACCAUUAUUUUUGUGACUCAGAUCGGUAUGUUCUAUCCAAUUGUUUUGAUAAAGGAAAACAAGACAAAUUUCUAUUUUCAAAAUAAUAUGUUCUAGACAUUCCUCUUUAAAAGAAAAAAGUAUCAGCUGUAUGAAAAGUGACCCACGUUUGGUUUUUGACCCCUGAAAAGUGGUAUAAUUUAACAAUUGUAUCAUAGAGACAUAUUGAGAUCUCAAUAUCUCAUAGAAAUGAACCAUAUUGGUCAUUAAAAAUGAAGAGACCUAAAGAAAAGUUUACUAGAAUCUAAAAAGAUAUUAAGUUAUCUUUAAUACUUCUAGAGUUAGAGGCACGCAAACCUCAGGGGAAAAACUGAAUAAAUGCUUUUCCCUGUUUCUGAACAGUCAUCGGUGGCAUAUAAUGAAGCAAAGAUUGCUAAAGUCAACGUUUUUUACGAAUAGACCUGCCAAUCUCUGUGUAAAAUUAAAAUAAUGAUGCUGCCAUUGUUCUAAAGUCAUUUACUUAUUUUUAUUCCCCAGCUUUCAUCCUAACUCUUGCUUUCAUUGCACUUUAUUAUUAUUAUCGUGUGUGUGUGUGUGUGUGUGUGUGUGUGUUUGUGUGUGUUAAAAUAUGGGUUUUGUCCUGAACAUCAUGUAACAGUUAUGUUCAUAUCUGUGUGCAUAAAUACUGUCUGCAAAUUAUUUCCACUAUUUUAUCAUUUGCCACAAUCACAGCCAAACCCAAGAGGUUUCAUCUCUAUUUUUACUUAAGAAUUUUCAGUAAAGCUGAAAGAAAAUGUUACCAUGCUUUUAUGAUUAUAUAAGUUUAUUUUUGUAUUCUGUCCAAGUUGAAAAAUGUGCAAAAUGUUACUACUGAUCCACAUGGUACUAUCUUCAAUAUUCUAAUAUUGCAUGCAUGUGUUCUGUGCAGACUGUCUUAUCAAUGUUUAUCUAUUACAUACUGUAUAUUAACCGGAGGGAAUGUAUGGUUUUAAAUGAAUAUAUAACAAGGUGGUGUAAUGAAUUCAUCUCAUAAGAUGAUAUUCAGUUUGCUGUGUGUUUUCCAUUUUGUUAUCUUUUUAUACUGUAUUUAUUUAAUGCAUAUAGCCUAAUAUGAGUUAUGUGCUUCAAGUAAACAUCUAAAAUGACUUUGUUUAAAAAUAAUAAAGUUUUUACAUUUAAGAGAUUAUAAAUACGUGAUUCAGCUGGUCCUUCGUUGACCUCAAGGACACUUGAGAUCUUGAUAUAUAUCUGAUAUUUGCAUUUAUUAAACCAAGAAUCCUGAUCUAAUGUG